AUGGCGAUGUUUAAAGUGCCUUCUUUUCAUUCAAGAAGUAGAGUUUUCCUUUGGUGGAGAGAUCUUUGUUCGGUCAGUUGCAAUGUUGAUCCGGAUUUGCCUUCUAAUUGGUUCAAUUCCUCUAUCUCUUGCAAGCUUGGAAUGAGAAUGUUCUUGGAGUUUUGGUUGGAUGUUUGGUUAGGAACAAGCCUGCUUGGAAUCCUUUUUCCGAAUUUGUUUCUUUUGACGGAUGCCCCUCAUUCCAAGCCCCUCCUUUCAACCACAGACUCUUUUGUUUGGUGGAGGAAUGUCUCCAGAUUCUCGGUGAGUCACGCUUAUGAUGCCAUCUUGUUCCGUGAGAUUCCGACUCUGCCUUUGGAUGAACUUCUUUUUUUAGAUUUCUCUCGGUUAUGGAAGUUUAAGUCACUCUUGUUUCAUUCUUUACCUUCUCUCUUCCUCAUUAAUUCAACUCUCAUAAGGGUUCAGAAAACACACAUGAAUGAGCUCAUGAAAAGGUUGAAAUUAAUCCAUCAAUAG